GGUCUUCGAGUCUUCGAACGCACGGCGUUCGUCGCUUGAUGAUGAUUACGACAAGCGUCCAAAUUUACUCGCAGUUUGCAGAGCAGACGUCUCUCCAAAAUCAGCCACAGAAGAAAAAAAAAGGCGAAGAAAUUCGUAUAAAAACCAGAGAAACGAUCGAUAAACUUUAUGGAUCCGCUGAUUUCUAUUUCAGCUGCGGCAGGCAGUAAACGCCUUUUCUGGUGUUCCGCCAUGAUCGCAAGAGCUCUGUUCCUUUUCUACCUGCUCGUUGCUUUCUUCUUCUCCGCCUCCUUAGCUGGCGACACCUUAAUUCCCGGCCAACCCCUCCUUGACGUCGCUAACGCGACCUUGAUCUCCGCCGGAGAGACCUUCGAGCUCGGCUUCUUCAGCCCCGACGCCGGCUCCCCCAACCGCUACCUCGGGAUAUGGUACCACAGCUUGUCUCCCCGAAUCGUGGUUUGGGUCGCCAACCGGGAGAGGCCUGUCGCCGGCCGCACCGGCCGGCUUUCCCUCUCCCCGAACGGCACGCUCCUCGUCACCGAAGGCGGCAACUCUUCGACCGCCAUCUGGUCGUCGUCCGGCUCGCCCGCCGUCGCUAGCCCCGUCGCGCGGCUCCUCGAUACUGGAAACUUCGUCGUCGGGGAGGAGGUGACCUCCAGCUCGCCGGCGUGGGAGAGCUUCGGCUUCCCCACUGACACGCUACUCCCGGGCAUGCAGCUGGGGGUCAACACGACGAGCGGGCGCAGCACCAACAUCACGUCUUGGAGGAGCGCCACUGACCCGUCCGCCGGCGACUACACCCUCGGCAUCGACUGGCACGGCGAUCCCCAGCUCGUAAUCUGGCGCGCGGGGCAGAAGUACUGGCGCGCGGGGCCGUGGAACGGCAUCUACAUCACCGGCGCGCCGCAGAUGGACACCGAGAACCUGGUGCACUACCAGCUGAGCGUUAACUCUCGCGAGUUCAUCCUCGCCUACACCGUCGGCAGCCCGUCGGUGACCGUGAGGAUAACCAUCAACUCCUCCGGGCUGAACGAGAUCCUCACGUGGGUGGACGAUCGGCAGGGAUGGAACGUGCGCGGCUACGUGCCACUGGAUCCCUGCGACAACUACGCCCCUUGCGGCCCCAACGGCGUCUGCUUCCCCAACAUGUCGCCGCUGUGCCAGUGCCUGCCGAAAUUCCACCCUGCGAAUCCCACGAACUGGGAUCUCAUCCGCGACUGGUCCGGCGGCUGCGUGCGGGACACGAACUUGGACUGCCGGAACGCCACCGACGGGUUCAUUAAGCAAACCGGGCUCAAGCUGCCAGACACCUCGACGGCGACUGUGGAUGAGAACCUGAGUACUCUGGACGACUGCCGGAGUUGGUGCCUGAACAACUGUUCCUGCACGGCCUACGCGAGCGCCAACGUCAGCGGCGGCGGCAGCGGGUGCAUCUUCUGGACCUCGCCGCCGACGGACAUGAAGUUCUACCCCGACAGCGGGACCGGGCAAGACCUCUACAUCCGCCUAGCGGCCGCCGACGUCAUUGCCCUCUCAGAAUCCAACCACUCGAAUCGAAAUCGUCUGGGAAUAAUUAUAGGCAUCUCUUGCGCAGCAAUUUUCCUCCUCGCUUGCGUUUUGAUCCUAUGGAAGAUGAGAAGCAAGCACCACGUUCCUGAAGAAGCAGCAGAGGGAGAAGACCUCGACCUACCUCUGUUCGAUCUCAAAUCAGUCGAAGAUGCCACUGAGAACUUCUCCAUUGCCAACAAACUUGGAGAGGGAGGAUUUGGCCCUGUUUACAGGGGUAAAUUGAGCGAGGACCAAGAUAUAGCAGUCAAGAGGCUUUCCGAGACAUCGACCCAGGGAGUCGAUGAGUUCAAGAACGAGGUGAUGUUGAUCGCCAAGUUACAACACCGGAAUCUUGUUAGGCUUCUUGGCUGUUGCGUUCAAGCCGGGGAAAGAAUGUUGAUCUAUGAGUAUCUUCCCAAUGGAAGCUUAGAUACUUUCUUAUUUGAUGAGGAUAAGCGCGCACUAGUGGAUUGGAAAACUCGAUACAAUAUAAUAGUAGGAAUUGCACGAGGUCUUCUUUACCUUCAUCAUGAUUCUAGAUAUAGAAUCAUCCAUAGAGAUCUAAAGGCGAGCAAUAUCCUUCUUGAUAAAGAUAUGAAUCCGAAGAUUUCAGAUUUUGGCAUGGCAAGGAUAUUUGGUGGUGAUGAAACAAUGAGGAAUACCACUAGGGUCGUAGGAACAUAUGGAUAUAUGUCGCCUGAAUAUGCAAUGGAUGGAAUAUUCUCAGUGAAGUCGGAUGUAUUUAGCUUUGGUGUUCUUGUACUGGAGAUUGUAACUGGGAGAAAGAAUCGAGGAGCUUAUCAAUAUAUCAACCACAAAAAUCUUGUAGGCCAUGUGUGGAGCCUGUGGAAAGAAAACAAAAGCUUAGAAUUAGUUGAUGAAUCCAUUGCUCAAUCAUUCUUCCCCGAUGAAGUUUUGAGAUGUAUAAAAGUUGGACUUUUAUGUGUUCAAGAACAGCCAGAAGAUAGACCAACAAUGUCAUCCGUGCUAUUAAUGCUGAAUAGUAAUAGUUCUCUACUGCCAGAACCCAAGCCUCCUGGUUUCGUCAUCACAAAGGAGCUUUCUGAAACUGAAACAUCCACAAGUAAGGGCGAUUCGUUAUCUAGGAAUCAUGUGUCUAUUACAAUCUUGGAUGGUAGAUAAAAGUUCUUAUAGAUACUAGAAAUUUUUUACUGAGUUUUGAGAUAAUUGUUUUUUAGGACUUUGAAUGCAAAGCAAACUUGUGCUGUUUACUAGAAGAUUAUGUGAAGUAUCUGUAUGAGCAGUAACUUUGAGUGGUCUGAAUAUUAAGCGGCUGUUUUGCAGAUGGAAUACUUAAAGAUUAUUAUCAAUAUUAA